AUGACAGCUCCAGUUCGUGUCCCGAACGUUGUUCACUCGUUGCCCAUGUCUGGUUGCAUGUCUGGUUGCAUGUCUGUGCUUGCAUCCAACACCGCACGAAGAUGGGAAGCGCAACAGCUGCUGGGUCUUGAUGCGGUCAUGCAAUAA